CAGUGACAUUUUUCUCUAAACUAGGAUAUAGAAAUUACAAGAGACGAAAGGUGAUAAAAAUAUAUUGACAUCAAGAUAGAAUUAAACAAAAAAUGGUGAAAAUAUCGCUUCAAAUAAGAGCGUCUCUAGAAUGUAUAGAAAAGUUCUAUACGAAUCAUCCACACUAUCAGUGGUUUUUAAAGUUAAAGUGCGGCAACUGCGGCGAAGUGUCCGACAAAUUUCACGAUCUUACCGAAGCCGAUAAAGUUCCCCAAAAACAUAACAGAUCAGAAACAAACUUACUUAUAAAAUGUAAAUUGUGUUCGAGGGAAAACAGUAUCGAUGUCAUUGAAGGAAGUAAUGGUGUUUUCACAAGUAAUGAUGUAGGUAAAUUCAAGUCGAUUGUAACAUUUGACUGCAGAGGACUGGAGCCUGUUGACUUUGAACCUAAGUCUGGCUGGCUUGCAGAGGCUGAAAAUGAUGGUAUAAUAUUUGGUGAUGUUGAUUUAACAGAAAAGGAAUGGGUUGAAUAUGAUGAAAAAAAUCAAACAUCUGUCGGUAUUUAUGAGUUGGAGUGGCAGUUUGUAAAAGUAAAAUAAUUUGUUAUAAUACUUUUAAGUUGUAUAUAAAUUAAUUCACAUUGCUUCUUUAUGUUGAUAUAAAAUAUUUUACAAAUUAA